AUGAAACCAAUCAUCGCUGUGCCUGCGACUCUCGGGCUCGUAUAUCGAGCCUAUUCGCACAAAUCGCUUACGCCUCUCGGCAUCUUCGCCGCUGCGUUAACCGCAACCGCCCACGCUAUACACCCUUGGAAUUUACCUUUCGUACUUCUCUGCGCUUUCUUCUUGGCUGGUACCCGUGUCACUAAAAUCAAGGCGGAUAUUAAGGCGGGCCUUACAUUAAAUUCUCAAGGGAGUGGUGGCGGUGAAGGCCCAAGGACUCAUGUCCAAGUCUUGGCCAACUCAUUAAUGGCCUCUAUCUUAACCCUACUCCACGCCUAUCAAUUACAUACACGACGUGAUACCAUCUUUACCCAUAGGGAGGUACCCGAAGGUUCAUUUUGCUAUAAAUGGGGUGGUGACUUACUGGUUGUUGGGAUUAUCGCCAAUUACGCUGCCGUUUGCGCUGAUACUUUCUCCUCCGAACUUGGUAUCUUAUCGCGUAGUACUCCAAGGUUGAUUACGUCAUUCUCCCUACGAAAAGUACCUCGAGGCACUAAUGGAGGUGUCACGUUAUGGGGUCUUAUCGCCGGCUUUCUUGGUUCAUCUAUUAUUGUGGCUGUAUCCUUCUUAUUUCUUCCGUUUUGUGGCGAAGACACGAGUGGGAAAAUCGGUGGUGGCGGGAGCUGGACCAUCACACAAAAAGCUACAUUGGCCUUGGGGUUGACUCUCUGGGGCACCCUCGGCAGCCUUUUAGACAGUUUCUUAGGAGGUUGGCUUCAACGAAGCGUACGAGAUGUACGCUCCGGUAAGAUCGUCGAAGGUGAAGGUGGCGUUCGUGUUUUAGCAUCUUCCCAAGACACUGACUCUCAUGCACACGAUCAUUACGAGAAAUCCGCUACCGAUGCCAAGGCUAAAAUACUUCACGGAGAGGGAGGCAAGGCUAUUGAGAGGCAACCCGAGCCCGCCAAGACCGAAGCGAAUGACCCCACCAAGGAUCCGUACGACCCCAAGGAUAAACAUCGUGCUUCCCACUUUGGAGAUCAGAAGCCUACGCGAGUGGCUGUAAGUGGGUUUGACUUGCUAGAUAAUAAUGACGUCAACUUCCUAAUGGCAUUCACAAUGAGUGUCGGCGCAAUUGUUGGUGCGGGUUGGUAUUGGAAUGUACCAUUGGACAGCAUUCUGCGGGCUUGA